AUGCAAACACUCAGAUUAUAUAAAGAGAGCACCAUUAAUUUCUCUACAACUAAUGAGACCAUUGGGCUGGAAGAAUAUUUUGCAGAAGGUACCAAUGUCUUGCUAAUCAUUCUGAUAGCCUUGCUAAUCAUUCUCAUAGUCCUAGGCAACAGUAUUGUUAUAUUAGCUUUCAUUGUGGACAAGAGAUUGAGAAACCAGUCUAACUUCUUUCUUCUUAAUCUGGCCAUUUGUGAUUUUUUAGUAGGUGCUUUCUCCAUCCCUUUGUAUAUACCAUUUAUGUUCUCUGGGAAAUGGAUGUUUGGAAGAUUUCUUUGCAAACUGUGGCUGAUUCUUGACUUCACAACAUCAGCCGCUUCUGCAUUUGGAGUUGUUCUCAUCAGCUAUGACAGAUUUCUCUCUGUGACCAAGGCUGUUUUAUAUCGAUCACAACAAAGAAGACACGUUCAGACCGCUCUAAAAAUGGCCGUAGCCUGGAUAUUUUCCUUUCUCAUUUAUGGGCCAGCAAUUAUUUUGUGGGAGAUUCUAACUGGAACAUAUGACACUAAUGAGUACAGCUGCCGGGCAGGAUUUUUUGACGCAUGGUAUUUUCUGCUCUGUGCAUCUUCUUUGGAUUUUGCUUUUCCAAUGAUCAGCAUUUCUUUCUUUAAUAUGAGAAUCUAUUGGAACAUUAAGAAACGCAGCAGGAAAAAAAGGAAUUGCUCCUCUUUUCACAUGUCAGAAGAGCAACAAACUGACGCUGCACCCUAUAUCAUAGCGACUAAUAUUGUUCUGUCAUCUUCAAAUGGCAAAGAGAAGGAUAAUUCUUCUCUACAUAAGACAGCCAGUGACUAUGCCAAACAAAGCUUUGAUAGUAAGUUAAGUUCCAACUCUCUAUCAACAUCCGGACAACCAAACCGAGUCAGUGUUAUCAAACUAUCUCGGGACAAGAAAGUUGCAAGAUCCCUAACAAUUUUGGUUUCUGUUUUUGCCCUUUGCUGGGCUCCUUAUUCAUUUCUUGUGAGCAUUCGGGCUGCCUGCCGAGGUUAUUGCAUUGACUUUUUCUGGUAUAUGGCUGGAGGACCAACAGCUAGAAAGACAAAGGCAAGAAGAGCACUAAAGCAAAGCACAAGUGCUUAA